AUCAUACACUGCUGCUAGUUACAGCCUCCUGGAUUACAGCGUCUUUAUUUUACACCAGUUAGAAGAUAACCCAAUAUCGUGCUAUUAUCAACUCGAUUAAAAUUUACUAACCAUUCACCCAACGUGUGGAAAUGUUUUACACUUGCGGUCCCAAUGAGGCAAUGGUGGUGUCGGGUUUCUGCCGGUCUCCACCGCUCAUGAUAUCUGGUGGGAGAGUGUUUGUUGUCCCAUGCGUUCAGCAGAUUCAAAGGAUCUCUCUGAACACUCUGACACUGAAUGUAAAGAGUGAUAAAGUCUACACACGUCAUGGAGUGCCCAUCUCUGUCACUGGAAUUGCACAGAUGAAGAUUCAGGGCCAGAAUAAGCAGAUGUUGGCGGCAGCCUGCCAGAUGUUCAUGGGAAAGUCGGAGGGUGAGAUUGCUCACAUUGCCUUGGAAACACUGGAGGGCCACCAGAGAGCUAUCAUUGCUCACCUGACCGUGGAGGAGAUCUACAAAGACCGCAAGAAGUUCUCCGAACAGGUCUUCAAGGUGGCUUCGUCCGACCUUGUCAACAUGGGCAUCAGUGUGGUCAGCUACACACUCAAGGAUGUUCACGAUGACCAGGAUUACCUGCACUCUUUGGGAAAAGCCCGUACAGCCCAAGUGCAGAAGGAUGCACGUAUCGGGGAAGCCAAGAACAAAAGAGAUGCAGUGAUCAGGGAGGCCCAUGCUAUGCAGGAAAAGAUAUCUGCUCAGUACUUGAAUGAGAUCGAGAUGGCUAAGGCUCAGAGAGACUACGAGCUAAAGAAGGCUGUCUACGACAUUGAGGUCUUCACCAAAAAAGCUGAGUCUGAAAUGGCCUAUCAGCUCCAGGUGGCGAAGACGAAGCAGCAGAUCGAGGAGCAGAAGAUGCAGGUGCAAGUGGUGGAGCGCUCGCAACAAAUCUUGCUGCAGGAACAGGAGAUCACGCGCAAGGAGAAAGAGCUGGAGGCCAAAAUCAUGAAACCAGCCGAUGCCGAGCGAUACCGGCUGGAGAAACUGGCACAAGCCGAGCGUCUUCAGCUAAUCAUGGAGGCAGAAGCUGAGGCCGAAUCCAUCAAAGUGAGAGGAGAGGCCGAAGCGUACGCUGUGGAGGCUAAAGGUCGUGCCGAGGCCGAGCAGAUGGCCAAGAAAGCCGAGGCCUUCCAGCAAUACAAAGAAGGAGCGAUGGUGGACAUGCUGCUGGAGAAACUGCCACUGAUGGCCGAGGAAAUCAGUAAGCCCCUGUCAUCUGCCAAUAAAGUCACCAUGGUUUCCAGCGGAGGCGGAGAGAUCGGCGCAGCCAAGCUGACCGGCGAAGUGCUCGACAUCAUGACCAAACUGCCUGAGACCAUCGAAAAACUGACCGGCAUCAGUAUUUCCCAGGUGGCCCGAACUGGUUGAACCCACUCUCCAACGUGACAUAACUGUAUGCAUGCUUUAUGGAUCUUUCCUUUAAUAAUUCUCUCACUUUUCCUCUCAGUUUCUUUCUUAAACUCUCUCCUCUUCCUGUAACAUUAUCUUUCUUGUCUUCCACGCUGCAUCUUCUUUGUUUACUCUUUCCCAUGUCUCUCUCUCUCUCUCUCUCGUCUCAACUUACACUUCCUGUCUGUCUUGCCUUGCUGCCAAAACCCAAAGUGCAUUUUAAUCUAAAACUCCAGGGAAGAAUGCUAUUCUUUGUAUUUUCAACGUAAUCAUCAUAAGAACGUGAAGUCCAGGGAUCUGUCGAACAGCAUUAGACACUGUAGCUUUUAACAUUUUGAAAUGUUACGUUCACCUUUAGUUUUUCGUAUAGGGACGUGCACUAAGAACAUUACAUUAUACAUGAGCUUUCCAUUAGUUAAUCUUUUGGAGGCCAACGUAACAUGAAGGGAAACAUAUCUGUUUCUGUGCGUUAUAUAGGAUACACUCUCACUUUACCUCAGCGAUGUGUGUGAGCUGUCUUAGAUGGACGUUAUUGUGUAGGAAUUCUAGCAGUUAUUCUGCUUCAAUGGUACUGUGCUUCGACAUGUGAAAAUACUGCCAAUAAUCUCAGAUCAUCAUUACUUGUGUUUAAGUGUUUAUUCAAAUGAACAAUCAAAUGUCUUUAUAUGUAAUGCUGAAGUAUAGUUCAGUAAAUAUGCUGUUUUUAGCUUA